UGUUCCAAAAUACGCAUAUUUCGAUGAAGAAGUGGUACGACCUCCUGUACCAUUGCCAUCGUCACAACCACAACCUCCUCUGCAAAAUGAGUAUAUAAUGAGAGGGAGACCACCAAUACCGCCUUCAUCACCAGGGAACUAUGAUUAUAGUAAUAGUAAUAGUAGAUCACUUCAAAGAGGAGGAAGUGUUGGAGGUAGUGGAGGAGAUUAUUAUAAUCAAGGACAUCUACCCCAUCAUCACAAUUAUCAUCCAAUACCAACACCAUUAAAUACAAAUCAAUUAUCUUAUGCUAACAACAUACAACAAAGUCCCCGUGAUAACCCCGGUUACUCGACCGCUACUUAUUCAAAUGCAAAUCCCCAUUUAACUCAGCCAUAUACUCGAACAAAUGUACAGCAGGCACAUUUACCUCCUCAACAACAAUAUUCAGCCGCACCACCACCGCCGUCUUCUCCUCAACAUCAUUCUCAAUCACCGGUCAAUGGACCUGUGCCGUCACGACCAGAAGUUUACCCUACAUCACGACUCAAUAAUCAUUCGCCUUCCUCAUCAUCAUCACGACCGACGGCACCGGCACCAGCUCCUGCUCCAAUAAUAGUAGCUCCAACAUAUGGCGAUAAAGAAAGUGGUGGUGGUCGUAAACAUCAUCACGACUACGACGACAACAAUUUUGCAGAUUGUGGUAUCGCUUUAUUCGCCUUUUCAAACACCUUACCCUCGAAAUGUAACGGUUUAUGUGAUCCAAAUUCAAAUAAUGGUACAUUGCUCGGGAAUGGAACAUCACUCGUCAAAAUUCAAGCACCAAGUCUAUUAUCAUCACCGGGCAAUGAUACUGUCAAUACCGCCAUUAGUUCGGUCGAUAACACUACUAGUGACGCGUCACAAUCAUGUAGUAAUGUAUGUAAGCAGGGAGUUUAUAAUGCAUUACAUUAUUCCGGGAUAACAUUGUUGAUUAUCGGUGCAUUGAUGCUUACUUGUCAGAAGUGUGAAAAAAGGUUGAGUUGUUGA